AUGCCCGUCACUGUCAGCAAGAAACUUGUGAGCAAGGAAGUCGCGACUCCGAGCCCGCGGUCGUCCUUUCUCCUCCACGGCGUCCUCCGGCGGAUCCCUGGCUACCUCUUCUUUCUCAUUCACCUCUGCUUCAUUCACAUUCUGUGGGGCCAUCUCGUGGAUGAACUCUUCACCGCUUCUCUUACCCUUCGUGCCGGCAACGCUAGCACGACGGAGACGGUGGCCAGCGCCGUUGUCGGCCUCUGCGACGUAUUCCGCCGCUCCGUUGACCAGACGCUAGGGUACGGGUUGAAGGAUGCACUGCGAACCAAAAGCGGUCGCACCAAGUCCGGCACCGUCACCAUCGCACGGGAUUGCCUCCUCUACCUCUGGAAGUCGCCGUCCAGCAUGGUCUUCACCUUCGGCCUGGCCUUCGUUAGCUUCAACCUCCUCCUCACCGCCGCCCGCGUCGUUGGAGCGCUGUUCACGAGUAUUACGUCGCCGUGUCGCUCGAACAGCCGCCUUCAGCGCGGCGGCUCGCGGCGGGCGGUCCCGCUGCACAUCAUCGCCCGCUACGGCAACGGCUACGACAGCGUGCUGCGCUUUUUUCUCGCUGCGGUGGAGAUGACGUGGUUCAUGAGCUACCCGGUCAUGAACUCCGCUACUGUCUUAAAAAACACGGUGGACGCGGUGGCGCAGGCGGGACGGCAGACGGAGCCCACGUACGCCUCGCUCCGCCAACUGCAAGCGCGCCAGCAGUCCAUCGCGAGCUUUCAAAUUGAAGCGUCGUUGAUGCUUCCACCGCAGCUCUUCGACGACGCUGCCGAAGCCGUCGCCGCGGGCCGCUUCGUGCUGUUGUUUGUGAAGACGGUGUUGGGUCUGGUGCUGGCCGUGGAUGCGCAGCGCCUUUUCCACGCCUUCGUCGGUGUGCGCCCUCUCGCUAUCCCCAAUGGGUGGGAGCGCUGCCCUGUGUGUGGAGCGCUGUGGAAGAAGUCACGCACCGCGAAGGAUGAGGUGCACCUCUGCCCCAUCAUCUUCGCCACCAAACCGCUGACCGCGUCCUCCUCGUCCGACUCAGGUGAGGAACAAACCACAGCAGGCGAAGACGGGGCAGCGGCGACCGAUGCUACCGGUGAGAAGCUGUUGCACGAUAAAAGUUCCGAGGCGCAGCGCGUGCUGCGUACGCCGGAGGGCGGCGUGCGGCCCGGUGACGCCUUCCCCGACCCGAAUUACGUCUCCUAUUGGUCCUUCCUCACCGACAGCUGGCUCAGCCCGCUGUUGAACUUCACGCUGCUGGCGCCUUUCUCCACCUUUUCCCCGCCCUCUAUUUCCUCCAUCACCGACGACGGCCGCGGACACUGGAAGAGCCUUCUGCGCAUUGUGGACCGCCUGCCACGCAUGCCCCACAACAUGCGCACCCGCGACAACAUCGACGAGCCGGCGUGGGACCUGUGGCAGCGUCGAGGCGAGGCCCCGCGGCCUGGCGAGGUGAGCCGCCUGGAGACGACGUUCAUGUCCGUCACGGCCCCCAUCCGCCACCUCCUCGGCCGCGCGUUCGCCAUCUUCUUUCUCCCCGCCCCGCCCCCCGCGGACGACGCCAAGACGGCCGGUGACGGUCGCACUGCGAAGCCGCCGGCGCGCAAAGGCUACGCCCUCUUCCGCAUUUUCCUGCGUCACCCCAGCGGCCGUGAGUUUGUCUACUUGUGUGCGCCGUUGAAGAUCACGCAAGAUUUGCUUGCCCUUGUCGCACCGCGCGUGGUGAAGUCGCUUGUUUCCUUCUUGAAGGAGGUGAGCAUGGCGAACGUCAGCACGCGGCAGUCGUACCUUGGCAACGGGCUUCUUAUCUGCUUGAGUUUGAUCCUAGCUGUCUCGCUGCAGGCGCUCUUCUUCCAGGCCUACCUCCGGCAUCUCUACACCUCCUCGUUGAAGGCCUCCUCGGCCCUGAAAACGCUGCUGCUCCGUCAGUCGCUGGAGACUCCGCUGGCGUACACAGGUGGCGGGAAGAAGAGUGAGGGCGCGAAACCAGCGCAUAGUCCGCUGAGCCCCAACGAGCGCUCCCCCAAAAGUCCCCCGGAGGACGGGAAGAGGAGGAAAAAAAGCUCGCCAGCGACGCCGCUCGGCAAGCCCACAUCCGAGGCCGCCGCCGCCGUUGCCGCCGCGCAGUCCAGCGUGCUGUCGCGCGAAGGCGAAGUUAUGUCACUGCUGACGGUGGACACGACGAACUGCGGCGACUGCAUCAUCUUCCUGCACAACGUGUGGGGGCACCCCUUCGUCAUCGUCUCCUCCUUGCUGAGCAUGUACAGCUAUGUGGGCCUCUUCUCCACCCUCGCCACCUUCGCCGCCUUAAUCGCCCUCAUCCCACUAAACCGUGGCAGCGCCGCCCGCGUGCGCACGGCCCAGCAGCAGGCGAAGAACAACGAGUCCCGCCUGAGCGAUCUCACGGCGGCCGUGUCGUCGAUGCGCACCGUCAAGUCGAUGGCGCUCGAGGAGUGCCUCGUGGAGCGUCUGGAGGAGGCGCGCGAGAAGGAGAGCGAUGGGAUGAAGCGCGUCGGCCGUGCCGAGAGCGUCGCGGCGGCGCAGACAGAGGUGACGACGCUAUUGGUGGCGCUGGUCUGCUGCGGCUCCUACCUGCUCACGGGUGGCGCGAUGGACGCAUCGGUGCUCGUGCCUACCAUGGCGGCGCUGCAGGUCAUGCGCUUUCCGGUGUGGACCCUGCCACACCUCUACUCGCAGGUAUCGCGCGGGUACACGUCGAUGCUGCGGAUUGAGCGCUACCUGACGGAGCACGAGACCGGUGAGGCAGCCAAGGAGGCGUACAUCGCACAACACAGACUCCUGGAGGUGGAGGAGGGUGCCACGCCCAAGUCGACCAAAGCGGCUGCGACGAAGGCACUCGCCCCGGUCAGGGUCGGUGAGGUACGGUGCGAGUGCAGCACCUUCGCGUGGAACACGCAGAAGGCGCUCGAGGAGAAGACGUCGUUUUUAGACACGAUGUCCAGGUCGCCGAGCGCCCCGUUCGAUGCGGUGGGCAGUCCGCCAGCGGAUGGGAGCACGCAAUCGUUCCCAUCUUUCAGCAGCAGCUGCGGCAGCCUGCGGCAGAGCUCCUCGAGCACCGUCGUGCUGCACGACAUUGCCCUUGACGUCGCGCCGGGCGAGUUUGUCGUGAUCCAGGGCUCCACCGGGUCCGGCAAGAGUGCGCUGCUUCUCGCCAUGCUGAGGGAGCUGUACGUGAUGCCAAACGAGAUUCUGCCUGGUGGCUCCCCGAGCGCGUCGUCUUCUUUGUCCCCCACUGUCGGCGUUCUCACCCUCAGCUCCGGCUUCCGCGUCGGCGGUCGUGUGGCCUACUGUGCGGAAGUGCCGUGGCUGCGGCAGGGCUCCGUCCGCGAGAACAUCCGCCUGUUGCCGGACGAUGCUCCGGAAAGCGCGAAGGAGCGGAAGUGGUACCGACGCGUGUUGGAGGCGUGCGCGCUCGAGCAGGACCUCAGCGUGCUCGCCAAGGGUGACCGCACGAUGGUUGGCGAGGGCGGCACGAAGCUGUCGGGUGGGCAGCGCGCGCGCGUGGCGCUGGCGCGGGCCGUCUACCGCUACCGCGAGACGGAUGUCUUCAUCUUCGACGACGUCCUCUCCGCGCUGGAUGUUGAGGUGCAGAAGCACAUUAUUGCGAAGCUCUUUCACGGGCUGCUGAGCGGUGGUGGUGCGUCUGCGACGUCGUCCGCGACAAAGCCGCGCCGCACCAAGACGAUCAUCUUCGCCACCCACACCUCCGUCAGCCUGCUGCUGCCCGAUCGGGUCUUGUACCUGUGGGCGGAUGGCACGCUGCACGAGGACGGCGGCUACAAGGCGCCGACGGCGGACCAGAUCGCGGAGCAGAAGGAGGCGUGGCACAACGCCACCGUGGCUGCCGCGGAGUCAAAGGACACCCGCCGCUCGAAACAGGAGACGGCCGGCGACGCGACCGAUCCGUUUGCGCACCCCAACUUGUCAGCCGACGUCUCACGUGCCGCCGCGACGCCCACCCCCGAAGCCUCACCGUCGCCCGUCCCAGCGCAAGGGGCGCGAUCUGGUAUUGGCUUUCUCCUACCGCGCGCCGCUGACUUGCACCGUCUCUUUAUCGAGUAUUUGGGUGGCAGUCGGCUUCUGCUGUUCUUUGUGCUGAGCGUGGCGAUGCAGGUUUUCCGCACACUGAUGGACAACUGGCUCGGUGUGUACAUCUCCUUAUACGACAAGCGCAACGCCGCCUUCGAGAGCAUUCUACGCAGCACCAAGUCACAGCGGGCACGCAAGCUGAUGCUGGAUAUGCUGUCGCUGAUCGUGCUUCGUGGCGACAAGUCGGCUGCCACCCCGGCGGCCACGGCCCCCGCUGUUCCGAUGUUCGUCGUGCUUGGCUACCCCGUGGUGUGGCAAAACCCUUUUGUGUUCGACACCGUCGUGAUGCAGUUCCUCGGCACGUACGCCGUCAUUGGUCUCAGCGCGGCCUUGCUGUCCAUGAUCCGGACCGACUACUUCUUCCGCUCGUACCAGCGCAUGGCUGACGCCCUUCAACUCCACGCCGUUCGCCGACUGUUCAAGGCGCCUGUCUCGUAUUUCGAUUGCGUGCCGUCCAGCCGACUCCUGCAGGUGCUCAGUCGCGAUCAGGAGGUAGUGGAUCGCUCGCUUGGCGAGUCCGUGCAGCUGAUCUUCCUCACCGUGCUGCAGCUACUCGGCAUGGUGCUCUUCAACACGAUGCACUUCGGCGCCUUCAUCGCGGUCCUGCCCAUCUCUGCGCUUCUUUUCUACCACCUGACGGUGCGUUUCCUGUCCUUCACAAAGCAGGUUCGUGCGUUGGAGGGCGUCCUGAUGAGCCGCUCCCUCGGUGUCGUGAAGGACGCCGUGAAAGGCGCCAUUACGGUGCGCGCCUUUGGGGACGUGUUUCAGGACCAACUGCUCGGCGAGAUGAACGAGGCCCUCGACGCCGUCCACGUCGCGGCAAGCGCCGGUCUGACCGCUGACCGCUGGGUGGCGCUGCGGCUCGAGUUCGUCGCACUCGCCUUCACGUCCGUGCUGGCCCUUCUCUCCGUCUUAACGGUGUGCCUGUCCGCCACCGCCUCGGCCGGCAGCGCCGCCUUUGCCGGGCUCGGCAUCAUUUCCAGCAUGACGGCCUCGCGCUCGCUCUCGAUGCUGUGCCGGCGCUUCGGCAUGUUCCAGAACCAGUUCGUGAGCGCGGAGCAGCUGCUGCGGUUAGAGGAGGAAAUCCCUCAGGAGACACAGGCCAACAGCCGCAGCAGCAGCGGCGGCAGCAGCGAGCACGACGAUAUCGACGACGCAGGCGCGGUCACGCCCGCCGAGACGGCCGUGCCGGGCAAAUACUCGCUGUUGGACGUGCGACACCUGUGCGCCAAGUACCAGCCACAGCUGCCGUGGGUGCUCUCGGACAUCUGCUUCUCUCUCCGGCCGGGCGAGUGCGUCGGCCUGAUUGGCCGCACCGGCAACGGCAAGUCGUCCAUCUUCAACGCGCUGCUGGGGCUGAUGGACGUCGUCGACGGCGAGAUUCUUAUCCCGCACGGCCUUGUGAACUUCCUGCCGCACUCCGCGGCGUGCAGGCAGGAGUCGGCGCAGCUCAACGCCCUCCAGCUGCCCCAACACGAACUCCGCAAGCACUACUUCGAACUCGUCUCGCAAGAGCCGCUGCUGCUGCAGGGGACGUGCCGCAGCAAUCUGCUGCUGGGCUACGACAAAGCCAAGCCGGAGCCGAGCGAGGGCACCGAGGAGACGUCCGGUUCCGACAGCGCAGCCGCGGCGGAGUCGAUUGAGGCCCGGCUUCGCGAGGUGCUGUGCAAGGUGUCCCUGCACGAGCUGCUCGCGCCGUCCGUCGCCGCUGCGGAGGCUGGUGGGGAGGAGAUGACGGCGGCCAAGCACGCCGCCGGCGAUGCCGGCGUGGCUGACCCCGUCAACUAUGCAGCGGAGGCGCUGGUCGACCCCGCCACCCGCGCCCUCGAUCACCUCGUCACCGCCGGCGGAGCGAACUUGUCGGCCGGCCAGCGCCAGCUGCUGUGCUUCGCCCGCGCCAUCCUGCACCACCCGCGUGUGAUCCUCCUGGACGAGGUGAGUUCGCGGGUGGACCGCCGCACCGAUGAGCUGAUUCAGAAGGUGAUCAAAGAGGAAAUGCUCAACCGCCGCGAGAACGCGCCUGCGUUGAGCCCCGCCGAGAAGGCGAACACGAGCGGCGUUCUGCUUAUCGCGCACCGCUUGGAGACAAUUCUGUCCAUGUGCGAUCGCGUGCUCGUCAUUGAGCAGGGCAGGUGUGUGGCGAACUUGUCGAAGGAAGAGGUGAGCGGGCUGGACGACUUGGAGUCAUACCUGUGA